AUGGGCCUCUGCAGCCUCGGCGACCUCUCCUUGUCUGCCUCCUUCGGAUGCCCCUGGGCACAGGCUGGGAUCUGGGAAGACUUCUUGCCGCUCGCGGGGCAUGGGCCCAUCACUUCUGAGAAUGUCAGCCAGCUUGCAGCGUCUGUCAAGAGAAUCUAUGGUUGGGAGUACUAUUUCGCAGUAGUUGCUAUCAUCGAGGGCCGGGUGCUUCUUCGAAGAACUGGCGUUCAUCUGGGAGGAUGGCUAAGAUCCACCCUUCGUCUGAUUGAACAGUCUUUGCGUCUUUACGAGAGGCCUCUUCCAGAUGUUUUCUUCGUCCUGUCAGUCCAUGACGAGGCACACCUGGAAAAAUCAAGAUCCCCCCCGUUGCCAUUGUUGUCAGCGCUCUCCACUCGAGCCCACUGGGACAUCCUGGUUCCGGGACAAACCUGGUAUGAAGAGUCCGGUGGAGUUUCCUCCAACGAUGUCGAGCAGGAUUUGGGUCUUUGGGAGUCUUUAGACUGGCAGAGGAAGAUUGAAGAGAAGUAUCCCUGGAAGACUCGCUCACCGAAGGCCUUCUUUCGGGGCCACGAUUGGGCAUCUUCCAAUGCUUUCACGGAACAUUUGCCAAGCAGGCCCCCGGAGACCUGCGUAGCCUCGCACGAUUUGUCGACAUCGUUUUCGUAUCGGCGAUGGUAUGCCGAGCUGGCCAAAGGCGCUCUGCAGCAUGUCCUUGACGUAGGCCUUACGGGAGCGCCGAACUUUGUCCGGGAGAAAUACCCCGAGCAAACCUACGUGCAGCCAGUGUCUUUGCCUGAGCAUGCCGCACACAAAUUCCUGCUGCAUCUGGAUGGAACUGCUGCCAGCAACCGUCUUCUCAAGCUACUCUUCAUGGGCUCCGUGGUCUUGAAGCAGGACUCGGUGUACGAGGAGUUCUUCUACAAAGAUCUCAAGCCCUGGGUUCAUUUCGUGCCGAUCUCAAGGGAUCGAUGUACCACUCAGAACCUGACCGAUACACUUCGCUGGCUUCUCGAUCACGACAACGAGGCACAUGCCAUUGCAAAGGCGGGGCAAGACUACGCGAGAGAGCAUCUCUCAAGGGCCAAAGCAGCCUGCUACUGGAGGAGGGUCUUGACCUCCUACGCGAGCCUCCAGGCCUUCGACGCACGGCUGCUUAUCGAGAACCUCUCGGACUGGAAGGAGUGGCGGAGUUGA